CUUUAUAGGACCAUUUUGUGAAACGCCAUGUCCUUCAAAUUGUGCUAGCAAAGGGGUUGAAAACCGAUGUUCCCACCAAACAGGACUAUGCUUGUUUGGUUGCAGUGCGGGAUUUACAGGAGACGACUGAAUGGAAGAGCUUAUAUCUUUAAAGCACGACAGCAGUAAAGAUACCAUACCGGUAGCUGCGAUUGGAGGGGGUGUAACUGCAGCUGUAACAGUUGUUGCUGCUGUAGUAGCCGUGUCCGUUUUUAUUUAUCUUCGUAGAAGACAUCUUCAACCAAAACAUGACGCCGUUCAAGGAACAUCAACCCAUGAAGAAAGUCAAGCCGCUCCCGUAUAUGCGUCUGUUGUACGAAGUGGACUUACAGGUUCGGUUUAUAAAAACACAUCCUCGGUAAAAAAUCAUAACGCACCAAGCGCGAUGCGCAAUCCUGUCUACAGUAGUAGCCAGAUUCAACCAAACAAAUCAAUUGAUUUGAAUUCAAAAGGCAUUGAAGACAAUUUAGAGAUUGAUGAAUGGGACAGUAUUGCUCGUUUCAAUGCGGUCAGAUUCGAAGAAAACGGAGGGGUGUACUACAACAAUCACGAUAAAGUGAGGAAUCUGAAAAUAGCAGUUACAGUACUCAAGAAAUUCGUGUUGUCCAGGAACAAUUCUUACUACAAAGCCGAGUUCGAGAAACUUCCAUACGGACUCUUGAAAGAUUACGGGGUGUCGCAGAUGACAGAAAAUCUCACCAAAAAUAGAUAUAAAGGAAUAUAUCCAUAUGACGACCACAGGGUGAAAGUUCGUGUGGGAGACACGGACUACAUAAAUGCCAGUUUCAUAGACGGUUACAAAAGGCGAAACGAAUACAUCGCAACAUUAGGACCGAUGUCUAAACAACUUGGGAACUUUGGAGCAUUCUGGACAAUGGUAUGGCAGCAAAACGUGGAGAAAAUAGUCAUGCUUACAAAUCUUGUAGAGAAAGGAAAAGACAAGUGUGAGCAGUACUGGCCCAAUGUUAGUGAAAGUCGAAUGUACGGUGGGAUCCGCGUUGUUUGUCAACUUGAAAAUGCGUAUGCUGACUUUACAAGACGGUCAUUCAAUAUUGUUAUGGUAAGGCAAACGCGGACUUUGACACAGUUCAUUUUACAUCGUGGCCAGACAAAGACGUUCCAGAGGACGUUACGUCGAUCAUCGAAUUUAGGCAGAAUGUUAUACAUGCACUAGCAACACUGUGGGGUCCCAUCAUCGUACAUUGCAGUGCAGGCAUUGGACGAACAGGAACCUAUAUUGCUAUCGAUAUUCUCACGAAAGAAGGCGAAGGAGAAGGGGCAAUAGAUAUACCCGGCUGUGUACUAAAUAUGCGACAAAACAGACCGAAUAUGGUUCAGACUGUUG